UGGCGCUGUAGCUGUAUCUGCUGCAGAAAAGCGGAGCAGCAGAAGAUCUGGGUCUGGGUUUGAGAAGAUGCAGAAGAUCUCCGAGUUCAGAAGCGGAGGAACUUUAACAGGAGCUGAACUGCUGAAGAAAUGAAGGACGUCCUGUUGCGCCUCUCCUCCUGCUUGUAAUGUCCACAGUGUCUUCAGGCUCAAAUUUCCCUUUAAAAAACACAUAUACAGAAUAUUCCAGAGAGUUUUAAGCUGCUAAAGGAUUAAAAGUAAGAAAAUGACACCAGAAAGAAUUUCCAGUACUCAACCAACGUCAUCAUCUGCAGACAAGAGGACAUCUCACACCACCACAGAGCAUGGGCAGAGUUCUGGAGACCUAGGCAUUUUAAAUAAAAACCAACGCGCUUCUGCUGGAGAGAAAUCGUUUUCCUGUUCGCAGUGUGGGAAGACUUUUAUGAGAAAUUGUAGUCUCAAACGACACCAGCUAAGUCACGCUAAAAAGAAGGCAUAUGACUGUUCAGAUUGUGGAAGCACAUUUUCGAAACUCGUUCUUUUACAAGUACACCAGCGCAUUCACGCUGGAGAGAAACCAUAUCUCUGCUCAGAGUGCGGGAAGAGUUUUAAUCGCAAAGAUUCUCUCCGACUACAUCUGCGCACUCACACAGGAGAGAAACUGUUAACCUGUUCAGACUGUGGGAAGAGUUUUACCAGACAGAAUUCACUCGAUCAACACCGGGUCAUUCACACUGGAGAAAAACCGCAUCACUGCUCAGAGUGCGGCCUGAGUUUUAGUCAAUCAAGUUCUCUCCGUGUUCACCGGCUCAGUCACAUGAAACCGACACCACAUCACUGUGCGGACUGUGGGAAGGGUUUUACCAACAAAAGCUACCUCAAAGUACACCAGCGUGUUCAUACAUCAGAGAAACCAUAUCACUGCUCACAGUGUGGAAAGAGCUUUAAGCAAAAGGACCAACUUCGAAUGCACCAGCGCGUUCACACUGAGUUCAAACCCUACUACUGCCCAGAGUGUCACAAGUGUUUUCCUCGUAACAGUAAUCUCCUAGUGCACCAGCGUGUUCACACUGGAGAGAAACCGUAUCAGUGCUCAGAGUGUGGGAAGACUUUUACUCAGCAGAAUUCUCUCCAACAACACCAGCGCGUUCACACUGGAGAAAAACCUUUUCACUGUUCAGACUGUGGGAAAAGUUUCACUCAGCAAAAUGCCCUCCAACAACACCAGCGCGUUCACACUGGAGAAAAACCGUAUCAAUGCUCAGACUGUGGGAAGAGUUUUGCAUAUCGCAAGACUUGUAAGAAUCACAAAUGCACAAAGAACAGUGAUACACGUUAGUAAAGAAAAAUAACAAAAUUGCUGUUUGUAGAAAGGAUUUCUAUAGGUAUUUCUUGUUUUAAAAUGGUUCUGGGAUUGACUACUUUGGGUUGAUUUACACUUUAUUUAAAUUUAAGGUCUUGGUGAACAAACAA